CCGCCUCGCGGCAGCAACAGCAAUAGGAGCAAUACCUGCAGCUGCAGCCCACCACCAACCGCGCCACGCCAUUUACCACCAUAUAAUCAUCACCCGCCCCCAGGCUUGUCGGGAGCGAAGCCAAGCCAGUCUUGUGUUGGAAGAACGCCUCACCAUCCAUCAGAGCAGCUCGGCUUGCAGAUCGAGAGUGAGGGAGUGAGAGGCAAUGGCGACUUCGUUCCAGGGGACGACCACCAAGUGCAACGCCUGCGACAAGACGGUGUACCUCGUCGACAAGCUCACCGCCGACAACCGGGUCUACCACAAGGCCUGCUUCAGGUGCCACCACUGCAAGGGCACCCUCAAGCUCGCGAAUUACAACUCGUUCGAAGGAGUGCUCUACUGCAGGCCUCACUUUGACCAGCUCUUCAAGAGGACCGGGAGCCUCGACAAGAGCUUCGAAGGCACUCCAAAGGUUGUCAAGCCGGAAAGGAAUGUUGGGAAUGAGAAUGCUAUUAAAGUCUCGAGCGCAUUUGCUGGCACCAGAGAGAAAUGUUUUGGAUGCACCAAGACAGUCUAUCCAAUUGAGAGGGUUACUGUGAACAACACCAUGUACCACAAGAGCUGCUUCAAAUGCUGCCAUGGAGGGUGCACCAUCAGCCCUUCGAAUUACAUCGCGCAUGAGGGCAAGCUCUUCUGCAAGCACCACCACACCCAGCUGAUCAAAGAGAAGGGCAAUUUCAGCCAGCUCGAGAACGAUCACGACAAGACGUCACAGAGUGCCGGGUCAGUGGAUGAUGAAGACUCGGAGUAUUAGUCAGUCCUUGAGGAUAUCCAGAGAUGAAUAACGAGCCCUUUUGCAUUUGCACCAGAGCAGUAUGUCUUUCUGCUGUGUGGUUCUUUUGAGUUUUUCCAAUCGAGAUCAAGUGCAUUCCAAAGACAAUUAUGUUAUUGCCUUGUACGCAUGUAAACCUUGUUAUAUCCGAGUCAAAAUAUCUCUACCUGGUUCGAAGA